AUGUCGGCGGUUGAAACGAUGGCAUCCUCAACUUCGAAGCCAAUCGUUUUACUCCUGUGCCUCGCGAAGCAGCCGUACUUCGAGGAGAUGUAUGCGCACAUGCUGGCUGCAUUGCACGCCAGAGCCACCCUCUCUGCCAGCAAAGCCAAACAGCUCAUCACGGCCCCCGUUUCUGAACGCCCGGACGCGAUCUAUGCCAUUGAUGCGGGCGUGUCCAAAGCCAAAAGCAACAAACUCCUCAAGCACCUCAUCACGUACUGCAAGGAAGGCGGCACCGUCGUUCUUGGAGGCAAUUUCACGAAUCACUUCUCGUUGGGUGAAGAGGGUACCAAGUUCUUCGCCAAAUGGGGUGUCGCGUGGGAGCCCGGUUCGUAUCACCGCACGACCGUCUACCUGAAUCCCAACGGGAUCCAAGGCUUGGACACCCGCGGACUAGAGCCAAGCUUCAGCAUCAAGGCGUUAUACCUCGCUAAUGUCGACCCGAACGCGCGCGUGUACAGCCCGUCGGCGCAGUCGCGCAUGCAGUCACACGUGUUCGCGCCGGCCUCCGUCGACACCGCGCAGACGCCGGCCGCCUUUACGCGUCUAGGCGAGGGAUACCUCGGGUACGUGGGAGACGUGAACGCAGAGGAUGCGGCGACCAAGGUGAUUUUGCGCAUGCUGCAUUUG